AGAAACAAGAUGGGUUGUAUUGAUGGCUACUACUAGAAAUCUCAAGCAAAUUGAUGAUGCCUUAAAGUGGCCUGGUCGCAUGGAUAGAGUAUUUCAUCUUCAAAGGCCAACUCAAGCAGAAAGGGAGAAGAUACUACACAUAGCUGCAAAAGAAACAAUGGAUAAUGAGCUCAUUGAUUUUGUAGACUGGAGAAAGGUUGCUGAAAAGACUGCUCUUUUAAGGCAUAUAGAAUUAAAGCUGGUACCUGUAUCGUUGGAAGCAGUGCCUUUAGGAGCAAGUUUCUCGAUACAGAUGAGCUUAUGAGCUACAGUAG